AUGAGGAAGGAAUCACUCUUGCCCAAUAUUGCAGAAGUUACAAAUCUUAACGUACAAAAAGAUGAGAAUAGAAAACUCAACAGACCUGACAUUAAUGAGAUUUGGAUACCAUGCUCAAUAUGCCAUCAACACAUACAUCAGAAUGUAUUCUUAAAUCAUAAACAGUUACAUAAAGCGUUUAAUUUGAUGGGCUACAAGGUAGCAGACAAACCAGCAAACAUUGAAAGUUUAAAAUCCAAAAAACUACAAAUAGUAUCACAGAAGAAUAAAUCUUCACCUUGUAUGCUGAGAGAAAGGCAUAUGAUAAAUCAUUGUCAUGAAAUCAUUCAAAGAUUUUUAUUCUCACCCGUGAAAUAUACCAGUACAGCAAAAUGUGCAGAUUUUGAAAAUAUUCUCAUUAAUACAAAAGAAACAAACAAUUACUUAAUCCGAUCUAUAGUAACAUGUGCUGAUAAAAAUAUAACUUGGCAAGCAGACAUGGAAGAUGUAUUUGUUGUUCUUGAUAAUUAUGGAAAGAGAGAAAACACCACAUUUAUUGGAUUAUUUGAUGGAUAUAAUGGCACAUCUGCAGCACUUAAUGUGUCAUUGGAACUACCGGUUUUAUUUUUGUCUCACAUUAAAGAUGUGGAUCCAUCGUACAAACUUACAGAGGAAGAAAACUAUUUUGUCAACUCUUUUGAUACGGUUUUUAAAGAUAGAUACAAGGAAACAGAGGAUAAUUUUUCAUCUGCAGUACAAAGUAAAAUGACACAAGGAAUUAAGUUUGAAUUGAUUCAUGCGUCAUAUGCAAAAGCCUUUUGGAGAAUGGAUAGGAUUUUAAAACUUGGGAGGAAAGAAAAAUCUUUUUCAAGAUGGAGUGGCUGUACAGCUGUGACUUGUUUGAUAGAUGGACUCACCAAUAUUGAAGAAGGUCAAGAGAAAAAUGAUACAGGCCAUCUAAGUGAUGACACAAAACACGCACUCAAACGUAAACUUGGAAUGCUGCAUUUAGUCAAUCUUGGUAACAUUAAAGCAGUUUUGUGCAGAAGCAGGAAAAGCUACUGCCUUUCACAAGAACACAGCACAUCUAGUUCUCAAGAAAGAAACAGAGUGAGAGAGGCUGGAGGAUCUAUCAGUUCCAAUGAAGAUCAUGGGCUUGUUGAAGGAUUCUGCAAAUUUACAAGAGGGCUAGGUUUCCAUGGAGACUCCAAACUGAAGAAAUCCAUAAUCCCUGCACCUUACACCAUCUCUAUCCCUAUAUAUGAUUCAUGCCAAUUCAUUCUUCUUGCAUCUAGUGGUUUGUGGGAUGUAUUGAGGGAAAGUGAAGCUGUUGCAGUAGUUUUGGAGACCUUUAGAUCUUUUAUACAGUGUACCAAUAAUAAUACACCUGAAGAUCUCAAUAGUCAAAAUGUAGAAAACAGUGCUUUAAAGGUAGACAACAGCAAACUUAGUCAUGUCCCAAAUCUAGUAGCACCUGAAAGUUAUGAAGAUGCUGUUGGAGAAAUGGACGCAUUGAAAUCACCUACAUCCCAAGAAUUAUUUUUUGACUAUUCAUGCCACGAUAACCCAGAUUUAAAAACAAUGUAUAGCAAUGCUGCAGAACAUGCGUGUAAAGAGUUAGUAAAGACUGCAAUCCUUGCAGGAUCACAGCAAAACAUUACAGUUUCUCUUAUACUCUUACCUGGAAGUGCUAAUAUGUGUGAAGUAAAAGGAGUGCUCCCAGGCAAUUAG